CGCUCUCGCCUUGGCCGAGUCAUUCCCAGUUUCAAGUCCGAAUCCAUCAUGUCGAAGAAACCCGCAACGAAGGAAGUAGAGGAGGUGGUGCGUGUCGGCCCGUCCCUCAAGGAGGGCGAGCAGGUGUUCGGUGUUGCCCACAUCUUCGCCUCGUUUAAUGACACGUUCGUGCACGUGACCGACCUGUCGGGCCGCGAGACGAUCGUGCGUGUGACUGGCGGAAUGAAGGUCAAGGCCGAUCGUGAUGAGGCCUCGCCUUACGCCGCUAUGCUUGCCGCUCAGGACGUGGCCGCCAAGUGCAAGGAAGUUGGCGUCACCGCUCUGCACAUCAAGAUCCGCGCUACGGGCGGCAACCGGACCAAGACUCCGGGCCCCGGCGCGCAGUCGGCCCUUCGUGCGCUUGCUCGCAAUGGCCUGAAGAUCGGACGUAUUGAGGACGUUACCCCCAUCCCGACCGACAGCACCCGCCGAAAGGGUGGUCGCCGUGGUCGCCGUCUUUAGGCGCGCGGAUUGGAUCGGGUGGGACUCGUUCUCAAGACUUACUCUGCUCGUUUGGUGGACGUUUGGAGCAGCUACUCAUGGGCUGGGAAGUGCAGGUGGCUGACUAUCUCUCUUUGCGUCUCGUAAUGAGCUCUCGAGUUCUGUUGGCGUCACUGCUUUCGAUUGGCUAUUAGUGUAACCAUGAGAUUGUAAUGGAACGAAACGCCUUCGUACUCGAGUACUGUGA